AUGUACUACUUGAGACCCACUUUCAACUUGAUCAUCUAUUCAUUUGCCUUUGGCGGAACAACUUUUUAUUCGUAUGUAGCCUCUCCACUUGCUUUCAAGCAUUUGCCAAGAGACAGUUUUUCGGAACUGCAAAACAAGGUUUUCCCCAUUUUUUUCCAAUUGCAAGCGUUUUCUCCCCUGCUUUUGGGAUUGACAGCACCUAUGCCUUUGCAUACGGGUUCAUUGGUGGCACUAGCAUCAGCAUCUCUAAGUGGAUGCUUGAAUUUGUUUUGGCUUUUGCCCUGGACUCGCAGAGUCAAGGAGGCUAGACAUCGUCUUGCUGAUACGCUUCAAGGCGAGGAAUUAGAAGCUCAAGACCAGCCAUUGAGAAAAGAAUUUGGCAAGUCCCAUGGCUUGAGUUUGUUUUUCCACACCACAAACGUCGUGGCCAUGCUCGCGUACGGAGUUUUCUUGACUAGAGGCCUUAUCAGAUUUGUUCCAAAAUGA